AUGCCCUCUAUGCGCAAGCUCGUCCCAGCCACCGCGAGCGAAAUUGCCGCGAUUGUUUCCCCUGCUUCUGCAACGACGACGAUGACCCGCAGUCCCGCGUAUGUCGACGGUGGCGUGCGGAUCACUCCUGUGAUGAUGGUCGUCGGCAUGUCGCUUGUGUUGGCGUUGGUGUACACCCUGUGGAAGCUUCUCCCAAGGAUCCGCAGUGGCGAGCUUUCGUCUUCGAAGCUUGGGUUCAAGGGGCGUGCGGAGCCACUGAGCCGAAAGCCGAAGAAGGUGCACUCGGAAGACGAUUGCUCGUCUGCGGGCAUGGUGUAG